AUGGGAGGUUUAGCCAAGAUGAAGACCCUAUUGGUGGUGGUAAUAGGAUUGUUGAUCCCUAUUGUUGCAGGCACUAAACAUGUAAGCAUCAAGAACAUGCUAGGAUCUGGAAGGAACAUGAGCUUGCAUUGCCAGUCCAAAGACAAUGAUCUGGGCAAGCAAAACAUAGCAGAUGGGAAUGAAUUUGGGUGGGACUUCUCUGACAAUGUUAUUGGAACCACCCUCUUUUUCUGUGAUUUGGGGUGGCAAAAUGUUCAGGAGUUCCAUUUUAAUGCCUAUUCCUUUGCCAGGGACAGGGUACGAUGUGGUGAUGCUGGCUGUUCAUGGCUGGUUUCUGUUGAAGGGAUUUAUGGCUUGAAUGGACAAACGGGGUUCUGGGAAUUCAUGUACCAAUGGCCAAACUGA